AUUUCAAUAAUCGCCAGAAGCGUCUUACCCGCAUGGCGGCACUUUACAAGACAUUCUUUGGUGACGAAGAGCCACUGGUGCCCAAACAAUCGUAUGUGGCCCCAGUCCUCCCCUUUCAGCAGCCUGUCGGAAAGGAUAUGACAAUCCUGAUCCGGUCCCUCCUCCACGUCUAAAAUGCCCUAAAGCUCGGAGUUCAUCAGGAUAACGCAAUGCAUGACAUCAAUAGGAUGAUCGAAGAGCGCGAAGGCAUUCCCUGGUUUCGACAGCGUCUUAUAUACGGUGGCAGACAGCAGCCGGACGAUAGAACGCUCAAGGAUCUGAACAUCAAGCACGGAGCCACUAUAUGGCUCCGUCAGAAGGGAACCAUGCAGAUAUUCGUCAAGACCGUUAAUGGAAAGACAAUCACUGUCACCUGUCAUCCAUUCGAUCUCAUCGCUGAGGUCAAGCUUGAUGUUGAGAGGAAAGAGGGCAUCCCGCGCGACCAACAGCGACUCAUCUGGGCGGGAAAGCAACUGGAAGAUGAUCACUCGCUGGAAAGCUACGGUAUUCUUGAGGAGAGUACGCUAAAUCAAAUGCUCAGGUUGCGGGGUUGCUAG